AAAUAAUAAACCAAUGGAACAACCAAGAAAUGUAAACUCAAUAUUAGAGCUCACAAUUCAAUCUCAGGAUGGUUCAAAACUUUUCUUCCGCAUGAAGCCUAAUAUAACUAUGAGGACAAUAUUCAAAUAUUACUGUAAGGAAAAACAAAUUAUUGAUUAUCGAACAGUUCAUUUUGUAUUUGAUGGUCAACGUAUUUCAGCAAGAAUGACUGUAGAAGAAGCUGGAUUGAAAGAUAGCAAUCAAAUCGAUGCUGUGUUGGAUCAAGAUGGAGGAGGAUAUGCACUCUAAAUAUGAAGAUUUUUAAAUUUUUAAAUUUAUGUUUUUCAGUAGAAUCUAAUUUAAGUGUCAUGUGUCCAAGUUGACCAUGAAUAUGUAUUUUAGAUUCACUAAGUUAUAUCAUCUUAAACAUGAUUAUGUUAACUGAGGAGUGGUAAUAAAGUUUUUUUUUUCUUUUUGGA